AUGUACGCGGUAAAUGAUGACAUGCAAAUUUUGUCGCUACCUUACAUAGAUCCAACCUAUGUGAUGAACUUUGUUCUGCCCAGAGAAAGAUUUGGAUUAGUAGGGCUUCUGAAGAAGUUAAAUGGGACCGCAAUACAGGCUUUGCUAUCAAAGCUUGAGAAGACUCUAGUCACUGUUAGCCUCCCGAAAAUGAAGAUUGAAGCAAACUUCAAACUCAAAGAGGCUUUGAUGGCAAUGGGUAUCACAGACAUAUUCACUGCUGAUGCUGACCUAACAGGGAUUACCAAAUCGCAGCCAAGCCUUUACGUCUCCGAUGCAGUUCACAAAGCUCUUAUUGAGGUGAGUGUGUUGAAAACAAUCAUACUCUAG